AUGGCUUCAACAGGAGUAAAUAUCCUUCGGUGGUCAGCCUUGGGUAGCGGUAUCCUGUAUGGUGUUUACCACCAAGCCAAGCUCACAACAGCAGCAAAGUUGGCUGCGAUCGACAGACAAUACGAACACAAGCAGAAGUUAAUUGAGCAAGCAAAAGCCGAAUAUUCAAAGAGCAAGCUGCCACCAAGUUCGAAAACGUCAGAAGGAGACAUUAUCCGAGAUCCAGAGAACCCAAGAUUCGACCUAGAAGCAUUCCUGAACACCGUGGCGGCCGAGAACAAGUAG